AUGAACAACGAAUCGGAUGAACUGGAGGACACGCAUUUGUGCAUCAAGUGCAAUGCCACCAUUGUGGGUCUCAGCAAGUAUAUCGAGCAUCGCAAGAGCAACUGCCUCAGCCUUGCGAGCGCGCCACAUGCGGCAAAGCCAUUGGCCACGCCCACAACGACGCCCACAAGCACAAGCGCAGCAGCGUCGCCGACAAUAAUGAGUCGGAGCAACUUGGAGCACAGCUAUGGAGGCUUCCACUUCCAUGCGGAAGCCGAGCCGCCGAGCAGUCAUGGCGGCAAGGGCGCCAAGCUGACUGAAGCCUAUGACUUGAACUAUGAACUGGGCGCCGAUGUGUUCUUCUCCUCACUGAAGCUGCAGAGCGUCUCCACGGGCGGCAAGACAAGCGCCAGGGCCGAGCGCGCAGCCAAAGAGGAGUCCAGCUGGCAUGCGUCCACCGAUCCGCUGCUGAAGGCCGUGCGGGAUAAUGAGGAUGCAGUAUAUCAAACGCUCAAGUUUGUGCAUUCGCCCGAGCCCAGCGAAGAGGAGGAGGAGGAGGACGAUGAGUUUGAGGGCGAGGGCGAGGGCGAGGAAUAUGUUGAGCAUGAAGCUGAUGCUGAUGAGGAUUACGAGACGCGUCGUCAUUCGCCGCCAACGGUGCCCGCCUCACACACAGGCGGCAAAUGGCGACCCGAGCAGCGUCCCCAUCUGCGUCACACCCACCUGGCACGCCUCUCGCCCAGCUGGGAUGAGCCCAGCGAGGAGUUGGGCGUGCACGAGCUGCAUCCGCCGGCAGAGCAUACGCACGGCAAAUGGGUGCCGGGCAGCAAGCAGCUCGAGUAUCGCGAGAACAUCGAUCUGACCAAGCUGCAGCCGCACCAGGAGUCGCCGCCAAGCUUCUGGUGCAACAUCUGCUGUCGCCGCCUCAAAUCCCGUUCCAACUACGAUCAGCAUCUGCGCAGCGGCUAUCACCAGCGUCGCGCCGACGCCGAGCAGCAACUGGCGCAGGCCAAUCUCGAGGGCGUGCGCCUCACGCUCAGCCACGACUUUGAUCCAGCAAACACAACAGCGUCGCCGGCGUCAGCGCUGCCAGCGCCGCCGCCGUCGCAGCGUCAACUUUGUCGCCGUCGUCGUCGCGCCAAUUUCAUACGCUGCGAUGUUUGCCGCCAUAGCAUGGCCAGACAUCUGAUUGGCAAGCAUCUCAUCUCGCACUAUCACUACCGACGCCUGCAGCAGCAGCAGACGCCGCAGCGACGCCAGCAGGCGCUCCACGACAUCCUCCAGCACAUGGGCAGCAUUGUGCGUCAGGCGCCCUUCCAGUGUCUGCCCUGUCGCUUCUACGCCAACACCGAGGCGAGCUUCCAGGAUCACUGGCGUUCCGCAGAGCAUUUGGAGCUAACGAACAGCUUGGGCGGCAACUUUUGGUGCAGCUUCUGUCAGUUCGAGUGUGGCAGCAAUGACGUCAUGUUGCAGCAUUUAUCCUCAGCCAUGCACAAGGAAGUGCUGCUGGCCCUCAAUCGCUCCGUGCCCGUGUCCAUUGCGCAGCGGCGAGCGCUGCACUGCAGCGUCUGCAACGCCAGCUUCUUGUACAAUGCGCAACUGCGUCGGCAUCUGGCCAGCGAGCAUGCGGGUCAGCUGGCCACGGGCAGCGCUGCGGAUGAUUAUCAGUGUCGCUUCCAUUGCGCAUUGUGUGGCGCAGCGCAAAAGUCGCGCGUGGCGCUGCAGCGACAUGAGAAGCACAAGCAUCGGCUGGCGAAAUACUUUUGCGCCAUCUGUCGGCUGGAGUUUGAGACGCCGCAGCAGGCGCGACGGCAUCGCAGUCUCGUGCAGCAUAAGCGACGCGCGCAGCGUGCACAGCCGCGCAAAUCCACAGAGCAGGAAAUUGAGCAGCUGCUGCGUCAAGUGCUGGAGGAUCAGGAGUCGGCAGACGCCAGCGGCAGCAGCAGCAGCAAGCAGCCAGCUCAGCCGACCUUGAUGAACACUCACUCGUGUCUCAGCUGCGGCAGCAGCUUUCAGUCGGCCCAAGCCUUGGGGCGUCACACGCGCAGCUGCCAACCGCCGCCAGCGCCAGCGGCUUCGGCUGCCAGCAGCAGCAGCAGCAGUCCCAGCAGCAAGUCUUGGGCCUGCGAUCAGUGCAGCUUUAAGGCUCAGUACGAAGCGGAUUUGUUGUACCAUCGCUUCUAUCAUACGCGCAGCUCGGUGAUUGGCAAGCAGGAGCUGCUACGCUGCCCGCUCUGCCCCAAGCAGUUUCGCAAGCAUUCGCUGCGUGCUCAUCUGCGUAAUCACACAAAUGAGCGCAUCUUCGAGUGUGGCCAGUGCCAGGCCAAGUUCGCCAGACGCCACAAUCUCAAGGCUCAUGUGAGCGUCAUGCACGACGCCGCUGGCAAGCAAACCAAAGCGACGGAGCAGCCAAAGCAGCGACAGCAAUUCCAGCAACCCAAAGCGAAGUUCACCUGCAGCACUUGCGGCAAGGUAUUGGCCAAAAAAUACUCGUUGAAACUUCAUGAGCGCACACAUACAGCGACGGCUCCCAGUUAUCGCUGUCAUCAGGAGAACUGUCAAUAUGCAGGACUCACAGCCGAAGGACUCAAGAUACACAUGGCGUCCCAUGCGGAGGGCGAGCACAAGUGUCCGCAUGAGAACUGCAGCUAUGUGGGCAAGAGUACGCUGCAUUUGAAGAGGCAUCUCAAGUCACAUGCGACAACUGGCGAGCGCUUUGGCUGCAGCGUCUGCGAGUUCAGCACACGCAUCAAGGCGCAUCUGAAGCGGCACAUGCAACGUCAUACGGGGGCAAAGCCCAUUGGCUGUCCACACUGUGAGUUCCAAUGCAGCAGCUUGGACGUGCUACGAAAGCAUAUCCUAAAGACAGGCAAGCAUCCUGGCAAGUGUAUGUACGAGUGUGCAACUUGCAAGGAGCAAGAAGUUGACAACAGAUUCCAGAGCAACAGCCAUAAGGAAUAUCAAAUGCAUUUGGCUACGCAUCAACAGAAGUAA